AAUAACUCUAAACGACAAGUUUAGUCGUGGAGUUGAUGGUAAAUUAGUUUGUUUUGUUUAACUACACAAUAGCACAUUGGAUGUCAGACGUUUGAUUAUUAACAUGGAGCUUGCUUUCAUUUGUGACCAGUUUCCUAUCUACUGGAGCAGAUAGCACCAUGUUCCUGCUACUACAGCAAUAUGCCCAGAAUCAACCCCAGGAAUCUUUUCCUUCUUUAUGCAUCCAUUUUCUUCCUGGCCUUCAUGUUCAUGAUCUUUAACUAUGGAUGGUGUCCCGGUGAACAUGAACAAGGUUUAGAAAAAUUGUUGGAAAAAUAUCGGUCAAGAAUGGAUGAGAAAGAGCAGCAAAUCAAAGACCUCAAAUCAGAGUUAAAACUUGCCAAGUCCAAAGUGACUGAAAUGCAGUUAAACAGUGAAAUAAGAGGCAAAAACAGUCAUAAAUUUGAUAAGUCUAUACCUGUAAUAUAUGCCAUCACCCCAACGUACCACAGACUCGAACAAAAGGCUGAUUUAACGAGACUUUCACAUACUUUUCUACAUGUCACCAAUCUGCACUGGAUUGUCAUUGAAGAUUCCAUUAAUAAAACGACUUUGGUUACAAACUUCUUAAAGCGGUCUGGCCUGACGUUCACACAUUUGAAUGUUGUCACGCCUACAAACUAUAAACUUAAAGCUACUGAUCCGAACUGGCUGAAGCCGAGAGGUGUUCUGCAGAGAAAUGCUGGUCUGGCAUGGGUGAGAAAACAUCUUGAUCCUAAAAUACAGCCAGGUGUGGUUUUCUUUGCCGAUGACGACAACACAUAUGACCUGCAGCUUUUUGAAGAAAUGCGUUACACUAACACAGUGUCAGUGUGGCCAGUGGGUCUGAGUGGUUACCUGAGGUAUGAGAGUCCUCUUGUCACUAAAGGAAAAGUGAAAGGUUGGUUUACAUACUGGAAGUCCACUCGGCCGUUUGCUAUGGAUAUGGCAGGAUUUUCUGUGAAUCUCCGGUUGUUUUUUGAAUAUCCAGAGGCCAGAUUCAGCCUGCAGGUUCAAAGAGGUUAUCAAGAAUCAACCAUACUUUCAAACAUGCACCUCACACUCAAUGACCUUGAGCCAAGGGCAGAUAAUUGCAGAAAGGUUUUGGUUUGGCAUACCCGUACAGAGAAAACAAAGUUGAAGAAUGAAGAGAAAAUGAUAAAGAAAUAUGGACAUGGCUCCGAUUUGAACAUCGAAGUUUAAGUUUGACUUAUUAUGUACUGAAUGCCACAGGAAACUAUACAGUGAAUAUUUUUCGCAUUUAUUUUUGUAAUAGAAAAAUAACAUCAUAACAAUAGUAAUAUUAAACCUGAUUUCCGUAACAAAUAAAACACUUUAAAAAAGUUCAUUUAUGAACUUAAUACAAUACUUACGCAAAAAAUGUAAAAUUAUUAAUCAUUUGACAAAUUGAAAUCAUCAGUUGGAAAUUAGAGGUAACAUUGCAUAUGGAGAGACUCGUAACUCAGUUAAAUGUAUGCUUCAGUGUUUUUAAUAAUGUCUUUGUAUGCCGUUAGCUCCAAAUAAUACUUUUAGAUGUUGCCACAUGGAGUUAACAUUGAAACUAAUUGGAUGGCAAGUUUUGUCAUUCACAUUCCAAUGCUAUUUACUGCUGCUUUGUUGGUUAUGUCUCACCCUCCUGCAUACAGUGUAUGCACCCAUAUAACACAUGGAAUGAAAUGAAGCAUGCUUAUUGCAUGUUUGUGUUGAACUUUACUGCGCCUAGCAAUUUAACGCUUUUCAAUAUCUGAUACGUUUUUCAAAAUGUUUUUAACAGCUGCCAUUCAACAUUUUGUUCAGUAUGAACUAGCCACUUGCAUACUUCAAUUUAAUAGUGCACAUGCUUUUUGUGCAAAACCAAUUUCCACACCGGCCUGUGAAACGCAUGACUGAUGGCAAUUUUUGUUGGGUGAUCUUGAUAAGAAACAAAAUUUUAUAAAAAUUUGUCAAAGUAUUUUAGAAAAGAUGACUUUUUAAAAAGUGUAUAGUUUCUUCUGGCAUUCAGUAUUUAUCAUAAUUCAUAUUGAUCUUUUUAUGUCAUGUAAAUAAUAACACAAAAUGUAUAUAUAUUUUUAGGGGUUUUUAUUCACAGGAAUAAUCAGGAUUAAUAUGUAUAAUUUUGUAGUUUCUCCAUAAUAUUCAAUUUCUUCCACAUAUUAACUUAUUAAACACUUUUGAACUGGAAAUAAUGAAAGCAAGCUAUUAAUGCAAGAAAUGCAUCUGAUGUAUCAUCACAAUAAUUACUUGAUGCAUUAUAUUUUUAACAAAUGUUAUUAAUGAAAUUUUAAAAAAAGAAAGGCCGAACAUAUGAGCAUCUGUUAAAAAGAAAUUACUACUUUAAGUCAUUAGAAAGCAUUCAUUACUACCAACUAACACAAAUUGCUAGCUUCCACUGGUUUGACAAUUAAAUGUCGAUUCCUAUUGUUUAAUUGAUGUGAACUAAAAUUAAACUGAAUUCUGUAAAAACAACUCAGCAUUUUCUGAUCUUUAAAAGUUGCAUUUGCCAGAUGCAUUAAUAAAAAUACCAGGGAAGCUUUUGUUUUCAAAAUCUUGAUUAGCAAUAUUUUAUCCAUUUGAAAAUUGAUAAACAACUACUGUUUAAUGUUUUAAAAUUGUGUAGUUAUCUCUGAAAUUUGCGAAUACACAUUUUAUAAAUGCAGUGUUAUUUUGGGUUUAUGACAAAAGUCAUUCAUAUUAUUAUGUGUUUUAUUGCAAGCUUUAACAAAAGUGCAAUCCCAGGUGCUUAAUGGUGACUGGUUGUAUAAUUAUAAAUUGUAUAUAUUAAAAUAUGUUACAUUAUUAUACUGUAGUAAUUGGAAUACUGUAUCACUUUUACAUUUAAUUUAUGUUUAGAGUCAGUGUGGGAACUAGAGAUUUUACUCUUGCUAGUCAAGUAGCUGUUAAUUUGUUAUAUUAUCUGCAUUACCUUAUAUAAGUUAGUAAAUGCCCAAAUUGAAAAGUUAAAGUUUGUUUUGUUUAACAAUACCACUAGGUGCAAUAGGACCGAUUGUAGUAAUUGUGGUAAAAAUAGCAUGACAGCUGUUCAGCAUAUUGCAAAUGUGUUAUGUAAAAUAUGUGAUUUAAAAGUACUGGAAAUGAAAUAAAUGCAUCCAUACAAAA